GUGUAUGUUCCUGGAGACAUGGCGGCCAGCUUCCGCGGCCGUCCUAUCCGGAGUCUUCGGAUGCGAGGUCGGAAUGACAGCGGGGAGGAGAACGUACCGCUGGAUCUGACCAGAGAACCAUCAGAAAACCUUCGUGAAAUCCUCCAAAAUGUGGCCAAACCUCAUGGAGUCAGUAACAUGCGAAAACUGGGCCACCUGAACAACUUCAUCAAGCUGCUUUGCAGCAUUGGACACCGUGAAGAAAACUUUGGGUUUACAUAUGAAGAAAUCAUCAUUUGUUUGCGAUUAGCUCUGUUAAAUGAGGCUAAGGAAGUGCGAGCUGCAGGUUUGCGGGCGCUCCGCUACCUGAUCAGAGACACCAACGUCCUGCGGAAGGUCCUCAAACUGCAGGUGGAUUAUCUGAUAGCAAGAUGCAUCGACAUCCAGCAAAGUAAUGAGGGGGAGAGAACUCAGGCUUUGAGACUGGUCCGAAAGAUAAUCACUGUCAAUGCAACACUGUUCCCCACCGCUGUUGCAAAUUCUCUUAUUGCUGUGGGAACAGAUGGGCUGCAGGAGAGAGACCGCAUGGUUCGAGCUUCCAUCGCCAUCGUAUGUGAGCUAGCACUGAAAAACCCAGAGGUGGUGGCCAAACGAGGAGGUCUCGGCACAAUUCUAAAGAGCGUGCUCGACUGUCAACUCAGCCGCAUCAACGAAGCUCUGAUCACCACCGUCCUCCAUCUACUCAACCACCCGUGUACCCGCCAGUAUGUACGUGUAGACGUCGAGCUGGAGCAAAUCCUCGCGCCUUUCACUGAUUUUCACUAUCGUCACAAUGCAGACACGGCUGAAGGGCAGCUCAAAGAAGACAGAGAAGCCCGUUUCUUGUCCAGUAGAAUGGCGAUAGUUGCUGCCUUCCGUUCCUGGUCUGGCAUCAUCAACCUGUGCAAGCCUGGAAACUCUGGAAUCCAGUCUUUAAUUGGCUUGCUCUGCAUCCCAAACAUGGAAGUUAGAAAAGGCUUGUUGGAAGUGUUAUAUGAGAUCUUCAGGCUUCCUGUUCCAGUUGUAACCCAAGACUUUGUAGAAGCUCUUCAAAGUGUCGAUCCCUCCAGGUUUCAGGACACCUGGAGACUGUCUGAUGGGUUUAUUGCUGCUGAAGCUAAAGUCAUCCUACCCCACCGGGCCCGCUCCAGGCCUGACCUGAUGGACAACUACCUGGCAUUUGUGCUCUCUGCCUUCAUCACCAGUGGGCUGUUGGAGGGUCUUGUUGAAGUUGUGACCAGCAGUGAAGACCAGCUUGCUGUCAGAGCCACUAUACUCUUAGGGGAGCUUCUACACAUGGCGAACACGAUUCUUCCUCAUUCCCAUAGCCACCACCUGCACUGCCUCCCCACCCUCAUCAACAUGGCAGCCUCAUUUGACAUCCCCCAAGAGAAACGACUCCGUGCAAGUGCAGCAGUGAACAAUCUGAAGCGUUUCCAUGAGAAGAAGAAGAAAGGUUUGAAACCUCACAGCCUUUACUUGGACCACAUCAUUCGCAAGUCUGUGUCGUCACACAACCGCAGAGAUUCACACUCGCGUGCCCAGAGAGACAUCUACAUCAUAAAGGACACAGAGGAAACACUGAUGAUAAAUCUGAGAGACAGUCAAAUUCUCAACCACAAGCAGAACCUGGAGUGGAACUGGUUACUUAUUGCCACCAUCCUUAAGUGGCCAAAUGUAAACCUCAGGAACAACAAAGACGAGCAGAUGCACAGGUUUGUUCGGAGACUGCUGUACUUCUAUAAGCCCAGUAGUAAACUGUAUGCAGGACUGGCUUUGGAUCAUGCUAAGGCCAGACAACUCACUGUGGUUGGGUGUCAGUUCGUGGAGUUCCUCAUGGACUCAGAUGAGGAUGGUCAGGGCUAUCUGGAGGACCUUGUGAGGGACAUGGUGUUGUGGCUGUCCUCGUGUUCAGGCCUGAAGCCCGAGCGCAGCCUGCAGAGCAACGGUCUGCUCACCACACUCAGCCAGCACUACUUCCUCUUCCUGGGGACACUUUCUGCACACCCACAGGGAGUCAAACUGCUAGAGAAAUGUGGCCUGUUUCAGUGCCUGCUGAACUUGUGUUCUGUAAAGAACCAGGACGCUGUGCUGAAACUUGCUGUAUCCACUCUGGACUACAGCAGAGACGGUCUGGCUAGAGUGAUCCUGUCGAAGGUCCUCACUGCUGCCACGGACGUUUGCAGGCUGUACGCUACAAAGCACCUGCGUGUGCUGCUGCGUGCCGGCGUGGAGUUCUUCAGCAGCUGGGGGAUGGAGCUUCUGGUCACACAGCUCCACGACCACAACAAGGCCGUGUCCAUGGAGGCACUGGACAUACUGGACGAGGCCUGUGAAGACAAGGCCAACCUUCAUGCUCUGAUCCAGCUGAAACCAGCUGUGUCUCACCUGGGAGAUAAAGGCCUCCUGCUGCUCCUAAGGUUCCUGUCCAUUCCUAAAGGCUUCUCCUACCUCAAUGAGAGGGGUUAUGUCAGUAAACAGCUGGAUAAAUGGCACAAGGAGUACAACCUUAAAUAUGUGGAUCUGAUAGAGGAGCAGCUCAACGAAGCACUAACGACGUACCGCAAACCCAUCGAUGGAGACAACUACGUCAGACGCAGCAACCAAAGGUUACAAAGACCAAAUGUCUACCUGCCUGUGCACUUGUAUGGUCAGCUGGUCCAUGAUAAGACAGGCUGUCACCUGCUGGAGGCUCAGAAUUUGGUUCCAGACCUCAGCUACAUGGUCCGCUUCCCGAUGCUGGACACCUGGGAGGGUAUUAAACAGUUGAAGGCUGCUCUCUGGGCUCUGGGCAACAUCGGCUCCUCUAACUGGGGACUGAAUCUCCUGCAGGAGGAGAAUGUCAUUCCAGAUAUCCUCACAAUGGCUCAGCACUGUGAGGUGCUGUCAGUGCGUGGGACGUGCGUUUAUGUCCUUGGUGUGAUUUCCAAGACCAAACAGGGUUGCGAGGUGCUCAAGCAGUACAGUUGGGAUGCAGUCAGACACAGUCGCCGGACGCUGUGGCCCGUCACUCCCGACGAAGUCGACACGCAGCCGACCUCUGAGCUCUCUUCGGUACCGAGCACGCUCAGUCUGAACUCAGAAUCCACCAGCUCACGCCACAACAGUGAAAGCGAGUCUCAACCAAACAUGUACAUCCUGGAUGAUGACAAGUGUGACAUUCUGGACUCGUCAGAAUUCUACUUCAACUCCAAAACUAUCAAAGACCGCAGCCCCUUCACAAUCUUGGCUUCUUCACGUUUUGUUCGCUCCCGCUUUCUUAACUCACUGUCCCUCCCCAGCAAGAAACUCCGCUCUACUAGUGAUCCUAAAGCCUCUUCAGGCUCUCGCACCCCUACUGAGGUGAAGACCGAUAGCUUGAGGCGGAACAGGACUGUGACGGAGCCCUCUAUUUACAGCCCAAAUCAGGGGGAUGUCUUCACCUCUGUGUUCAACGGCAGAGGCAUGCCAAAGAGUCCAACGGUUAGCCUAGAGACGUCUUUUGUUGGGACCAGGGGGGGCUCUGAGGAGCAGCUGGUGGAUGGUAGGCUGGUGAAGGGAGGAGGAGGCUCAGGUCUUGGACUCAGUGGUUUAGGUGGACAUGGAGCCAUGGAGCACCACAGCCGGGAGAGGGAGCAGAGCAGCCGAGAGCGUCUAGCAGGAGAUGGUGGCUCCUCUUCAAGUGGAGGCAAUGUGGGAGGAGGUGGUGGGGGUACUCAGUUUAAAAGCCGCAGUCAGAGCUUUAACACAGAUACCACAACCAGUGGCAUCAGCUCCAUGAGCUCCAGCCCCUCCCGGGAGACCGUUGGGAACCCUGAACAGCCUGAACUGGACUCCUCUGAUUGUGUGAGCCUCAACACUGUUGUGUCUGCCAAAACUGUCAAAACACUCCCCUCCCUCAGCCCCCAGGCUCAGACUAACCACAUGUCCAUGUCUAAGUCCUCCAACGUCUCUCUGGUACCACCGGGCUCCUCGCACACUCUGCCCCGCCGAGCUCAGUCUCUCAAGUCCCCCUCAGUGACCACCAUUAAAAGCCUGGCUGAUUGCAGCUUCAUGUACACCAGCCCGAGGGACGCGCUGGGUUACGCCACGCUGAAGAGGCUGCAGCAGCAGAGGAUACACCCGUCUUUGUCUCACAGUGAGGCGCUGGCUUCACCUGCCAAAGAUGUGCUGUUUACAGACACCAUCACCAUGAAGACCGGCAGCCUGGACUCCAGGUUGACUCCUCGCAGGUUUCUGAAAGCUCUCAGCUUUGCCUCUCUGGAUAAAGAAGAGCUACUCAGCCCCAUCAACCAAAGCACCUUGCACCGCUGCUCUUCAGUGCGCUCAAUGGUCUCUAGUGCCACCUUCGGGUGUAGUGAUGACUACAUUGGCCUCGCGCUGCCAUUGAACAUCAACGACAUGUUCCACAUUAGGGAUUCGACGUACUUUCAGCAGCGAAUCAGCCCACCUUCAGAGGAGCGGAAACGCUUCCUUUUUGGUGACGGAGACGGGGAUCGGCCUGCCAUUCCGUUACUGAAGCAGCAGUUCAGUAUCUCUGAGCUGAUCGUGUGCCGAGGUGACACUCCUAACCACAUGGUGGGUUCAGAGGAGACAGGCCUGCAGGAUCACACUGAAGAAAACUGCCUCUACUGCGUGGGAGCCAUCAUCCUCGGAUAUCCCUCAAAGCCACAGAUCAAUAGCACACACCCUCGCACAGAUUAUAUUGACUUCCCAUCAUGGGGAGGACAGAGCGGUCAUCGUCUGGAGGUGAUGCCCCAGUCCAAGUUCUCCGGGGUGUCAGGCUGCAGUGAUGCUGCUGUGUCACAAGGCUCGAUCUGCAGCACACCCACACCUGGUGACAUUGUCAUUGGUGGUAAGGCGUUAUCUGAGGACGGCCCUGCUUCUCGAGUCUUGCUGAGGAAGGAGAUUCUCCGCCUCAUCAUCAAUCUCAGCUCCUCUGUUGGAACCAAAGGCCACGAAACAGGACUACUGACGAUAAAAGAAAAGUUUCCGUAUGCGUUUGAUGACAUUUGCCUGUACUCUGAGGUUUCUCACCUCUUAGCCCACUGUAUGUUCCGCCUGACCUCAAGACGCUUCAUACAAGAGCUCUUCCAGGACGUGCAAUUUAUGGCAAUGUACGAGGAAGCAGAGGCAAUGCUGACGAAGCUACCGAAACCUGUGGACGAGGACGUUAACCCUCCUGCGGAGUCCUGAUCCUCCCUGUCCCACCCUGCUCUGUGCACAGCUGCAGUCCCGCCUCCUAACAAUCAUGGAAAGAAAGCAAGACUGAGGCUCAGACAGGAAAAAGUUGGGCAUGUUUCUGUUGCAUAAAACGGUAUCGUCGUCAAGGACACAGGAGGUGGUCAUCACCCAGCGUUCGUCAAGCAAAUAUGAGCUGGAAGCAAGAAAACAAAUUUACCAACACAAAAACAUGGAGCAGUUUAAGCCAAAUGCUCUUCUGACAUGGGGUCGGCAAUCUUGACCAACACUUGAUACAUCCGUGUAAUGCUAAAGGACAAGCUGGAUCAUUAGGACAAAUUG